GAUGAGAAGCUGCUGGGGAUGAUGAGACCUAAUUGCCGUCCCUGCAUCAGCAGCGCCUAUGAAGCAUCCUGGGAAUUGCUCGCCCCACGCUCAGAGCAGCUGGUCACAUGAGCUUGAAUUUUCAGUUCAGUUCAUUAGUCAGCCAUUUUGGUCAACACCCUGCUUACUGCGCACAACCAAUCCUAGCAGCACUCGCUGCCCUGCCUGAGCUGGCAAGAAAGGCACCAGCAGCUUCAUUUCAGCAAACCUGGAGAUCUUUUUCUACGUUCUUCCUUUGUUUUUGCUUGGGUAGCCAUCAGAGGAAGCCCUUUUUUUUCCUUCCUCCUGCAUUUUUUUUUUUUCUUUUAAUUUUUUUUUAUCUUUUUUUUUUUUUCCAUCUUUGAUGCAGAAGCCAGGUUUCCUGUGGUUGCUUAGGAUCAAUAGCCUUUAGCAUUAUCUGAAGACGACAGCUGACGAAGAGGAGGGAGGAACAGACGAGCGUGAAGGAGCAGCAUUUUUACCUUGCUUUAUAUAUGAAAAGGCCAAAGCAGUCUGUGCGAUCCUGAGCAUAUCUGACCUAUAAUAGCAAGGUAUUUCUUGUUUUCUUCUUCCAAAAGCCCUUCUUCUUAGUUCUUUUUUCCCUGUUGUUGUCGUACCAGCUGAGUCAUCAUGUCUGCUCUGACGCCUCAAAGCGACAUGCCAACCCCCACCACCGACAAGAUCACUCAGGCUGCCAUGGAGACCAUCUAUCUUUGCAAAUUCCGAGUGUCCAUGGACGGAGAAUGGCUCUGCUUGCGCGAGCUGGAUGACAUCUCGCUGACCCCCGACCCAGAGCCUACCCAUGAAGACUCUUGGGAGGAUUUGACAGAUGUGGUGGAGCAAUUGCGUGAUGAUACUGAAGAUCCUAAUUAUCUCAUGGCUAAUGAACGCAUGAACCUGAUGAACAUGGCAAAACUGAGUAUCAAGGGGUUGAUUGAAUCAGCACUUAAUCUGGGCAGGACGCUGGACUCUGACUAUGCACCUCUUCAGCAGUUCUUCGUUGUGAUGGAGCAUUGCCUUAAACAUGGCUUGAAAGCUAAAAAGACUUUUCUUGGGCAAAAUAAGUCAUUUUGGGGACCUUUAGAACUAGUAGAAAAACUUGUUCCUGAAGCUGCAGAGAUUACAGCAAGUGUUAAGGAUCUCCCAGGUCUGAAGACACCUGUGGGUAGAGGAAGAGCUUGGCUUCGCCUUGCUCUAAUGCAGAAGAAACUUUCAGAGUACAUGAAAGCCUUGAUUAACAGAAAGGAUCUUCUCAGUGAAUUUUAUGAGCCUAAUGCACUGAUGAUGGAAGAAGAAGGUGCGAUCAUUGCUGGCCUCCUCGUAGGUUUGAAUGUCAUUGAUGCAAACUUCUGCAUGAAGGGAGAAGACCUGGAUUCACAGGUUGGAGUUAUUGAUUUCUCAAUGUAUUUGAAAGAUGGAAACAGCACAAAAGGCAGUGAAGGAGAUGGUCAGAUAACUGCUAUUUUGGACCAGAAGAAUUAUGUAGAAGAACUCAAUAGGCACUUAAGUGCUACAGUAAACAACCUGCAGGCCAAAGUGGACGCCUUAGAAAAGUCCAACACUAAACUGACUGAGGAGCUUGCUGUUGCAAACAACAGGAUUAUUACGCUGCAAGAAGAGAUGGAACGAGUUAAAGAAGAAAGUUCUUACAUCUUGGAGUCCAAUCGUAAGGUCGCUAAAGACAGAACUGCAGAUGGACAGGCACUGACUGAGGCACGAAAACAGUUAAAGGAGGAGACUCAGCUGCGGCUGGAUGUGGAAAAGGAACUGGAGGCACAGAUUGGGAUGAGACAGGAGAUGGAGUUAGCCAUGAAGAUGCUGGAGAAAGAUGUCUGUGAGAAGCAAGAUGCACUGGUGGCACUCAGACAACAACUGGAUGAUCUCAGGGCCCUGAAGCAUGAACUGUCUUUCAAGCUGCAGAGUUCAGACAUGGGAGUGAAACAGAAGAGUGAACUGAAUAGCCGUUUAGAAGAAAAAACAAAUCAGAUGGCUGCUACCAUCAAACAGCUUGAACAAAGUGAAAAGGAUUUGGUGAAACAGGCAAAAACCUUAAACAGUGCAGCAAACAAACUGAUCCAAAAGCAUCAUUAGACAUUUUUGUGUCUGGUCACCUCACAGCUCUGACAUCAGAACUCACGAGAGGAGAACUUUAGAAUUGCUAAGAUCAACUGUUAAAAUGUUAAUUGUCACCUAAAGUUGAUUUGGAUUUUGCUGAAUUUUUAAAACUAGUGAGUUUUUCUUCAGAGAUUUAGUUGGAUAUAAAAAUCCCUAACUUUGCCAUUUAAACUGUGUUAAAAUACCAGCGAGUUGGCCAAUAAACACCAGAAAAGCAUAAGGAAUGUGGCUCUGUACAUCCUGGUGAUGCAUGCCGUAUACAGCAGCACAAGUCUUCAACGUGUAUGGAUACUAGGUGCGUUGGUCAAGUCAAUAUUGCAUUGGCCAGCUCUGGAAAGUCAACUAGUUUUCUGUGUUACCCUUUUUGUGAAUUAGAGGAGCAAAUGCAUCCCUGGAAGUUGUUGAAAGUAGUUGUGUGCGUACCCCAAGCCGUUACCCAUUCACUUCUGUUUUGUGGGCUCAGCCCCAAGUCUUAAGACAGAUGGGCACGGCCAGUAGCUCAUCACCACGAAGAUCAGCCCUCUUGUAACCAGGACUGCUUGCAAUGAUUUUGCCUUAGUGACUUGGUGGGGAAACGGGGGGGGACUUUCCUUAUUCCUUUAAAAUUCAUGUGUCCAAAAUUAGUAGUUAGGUGUCUUAGAGUAACAUGAUAGAGUAGUAAGUUCAGUGAAAACCUCCUUAUCUUUGCAUUGCCUUCUACCUCUGCCAUGAAUCCCUCUAGACAUAUGUUGCUGUUCUUCCUUACUGAAGGAAGCUGAGGAGGGGUGUUUUGAUAGGUCUGUCCUCUUUCUAGAAUGGGAAGUUACAUGUUUUACAACAACAACAACAAAUCUGAUCUUUAUACUCUAGUGUUUAAAGCAAACAAAUAAAAAAAAGUGCAGUGGUGGGGAGUGGAAAUGGUAAUUUGGUACUUGACUGCUCCUUAUCUGAGUAGUUGGUGGCUUAAAGAAGAGUUGCCUUUUACUAUUAAACUUCUUUCAUUUGCUUCUAUGUUUCCACUGCUCAAAUAUGGAAUUUGCUGAUGAAAGACGAAAGAACAACUGAAGCUUGGAAACAUCUCAGAAUGGGAAAAGUAGUUGUCAUCUUAACACUCCAGUGCAAAACAUUAAGCAACUGUAGUGUGGACAAUUAUAAAUUUAAUGUCCUCUUCCCUGUAGCCACAGAAACUCAAGGUGCAGGACUGUUACAGGCUUUACAUUAGAAAUGCUCCUAGAGAUUUUUUUUUCUUUCAAGAGAAUAAUGGUUGGGGUUUUUCUGAGUAAAAUCGAGAGUUUUUUGCUCAGAUGAGACACUUACAGAAAUUAUUUGGUGCCAGUUCCCCAUUUAUCUUGUUGGAUAGUGCUUCCUGGGGGCAGCAGACAGCAGAUGUGACUGAAAUACAACUGGGAAAAAAUAUCUACUAAUUCUCUCUAGAUAUAUUUACAAAUCUUUGAGGCUCGGCCUAGUCCUCCUACGCACAAGCGCGUUCCACUGCUUAGCUUGUUUAAUGGACUCCUGCACAUGAGCAGACUUGGAGACUGGAUUUAAAUCUUCUAGUGAUGCCCAAGCCUCAUGCUUGAGAGUAUAGACUUAACCUUCUGUAAUCUUUCACUAGGAAUGCAUUUAAACUAUUUGGGGGGGAAAAAAAUGGCGAAAGCUUUCAUCAAGGUAUCCAAAUAGCUAGUUAGAACAGUUAACACCCCUGCCCCUCUCCUCACAUUUCUUCUAUAGAAAUUGGGAUUUGGGCUCAUUUUGUUUGCUGUCACAACAAUGCUAAAAUAAGACAGAAUUAAGCAUCUGGCAGUUUGAUGUCAGGCCCAAAGCACAGAAGCUUUGGUGUCUUAAUGCCCAGGCACUUGAGUCAGUGUGACAGUCAGUGGAAGAGACCAGGAAGAUGCACUAAUUCUAAGUAUAUUAGCUAACCUAUGUUGCAAGUUCCAGCUACAUGUGUAAAGCUGAGAUGUAACGUACAUUAAAAUCAAAUUUGACUUAAAAUUUUGUGUACUUCAGGUUUGCUUUGAAUCUGGAUAAAAGUGAUGUUUUAUGUUUUUCAUCUAAUGGCUGUAAACUGUAGUAAUAGAAUAAAAAAGAAAAAUUGAAAAUCGGAGCUUCUGCCUGGUUCACCUACAUUUUACUUUUCUUUAAAAUAUUUUCCCCCUUCCCAUUGUUUUUACCAUCCCUUUUUUUGGCUUUACCUUUUCACUGGGUUUUUUUAUUUGUUGGUUAAAGUCGGUCUUCCUCCCCACCAUGGCUUU